UUCAGACUAGUCUAGCUUUCAGACUAUACACUAAAUUCUUAGACAUCUAUUAGACAGCCCAAAUUUAGCCUUGUUUAUGACUAUAUUUAGACGUCUAUUUGACAUGUUUUAAAUAACAAACAAAAAAUGUUUGCUGGGAGUAGUAAUGAAUAUAGGUGGGAUAGAAAGAAAAUGAAAUAAGCAAUCUGAAUCAACAUGUGGACAUUCAGGAAAAGGUGUGAGUUUGUCAGACUCAGCACAUUCCCCUCCUUUACUUUACCCUGCAAAGUGUUCAGACAACAUGUGUGACCUUCUUUGUCUUAUCUUGCUCUGUUUAAUUUCUCCUAAAGGUAAGCUACAACAUUUGACUCCUCAUUUAUGUAUAUGAAUAUCUCUGUACCUAAAACUAGAAUAAUUGUUUAGUAGUUUCAGUACAGCAUGAAUGUAAUGUUUGUACAGUAGGUCUGAGUCCUCUUGCAGUGAUGGCGGGUACAAUCUCUCAGUUUCCCCCGUCGGUGAAGGUGAGGUUGGGUGAAACUGUCUCCAUGCUCUGUCAGAUGAGUGAGAUAAAGUCAUUCUGUCACACAGUGGCCUGGGUGAGAGUUCAUCCAGUGAGUGGAGUAAUAGAUAUUCUGCAGGACACAAAGACACCUCAUCAGACUAAAGAUCGGGUGGAAAAUACUGUGUGCCAGGCCUUCCUGUUUAACGCAACGGUACAGGAUUCUGGGACAUAUUACUGCAUCGCUACAGACCGUGACCAAAUGUAUCUUCACCUUGGAAAUGGCACAGCUAUCACUGUACAAGCUGAGAGCACUGAAAUGCCGUCUAUCGAAAUCAUGGCAUUUACCAUCAGCAACCACCACGACCCUACGCUCACUCUUCAGUGUACACUCAGUGGAUUUGCUCCUUCACAGGUCAAUAUGUAUUGGCUUAUUGGGAGCAGUAGGGAAAAUGGACAGACUUUAUUUGUUUGGGAUGAAGGUAAUGAGAGCUCUGUGAAAACCCAGAAUUAUGUGGACAUAUCAGAGGAGGAGUGGAAGACAGGAAGAGAAAGCACCUGCAUUGUGAAUCUUGGUGGACGAACCUUCAACAAAACUCUGAAUCAUGAUGAUAUCCAGGAGACUUGCUAUCCUGUCAUCUGCAUAGCUAGAUUUUUAGCAUUUGUCACAGCUCUACUUUUUUACAUGACCUCAUUAAUAUUAGCACAUCGGUUCUAACCCACAGACAUUUUUAAGAUCCAAAAAAGACCUCCAUUUCCAGGUAUGGGGCCUUAUCAUUGAACCUCAAAAAUCUUUUUCUCAAUAUAUUUUUUUUUCUGUAGAAGUUUUUUUUUCUUUUUUGUAAA